GGAGCGGUCACAUGGUAGGAUCACAUGACCAUGACGUCAGUCGUUUCAGAGGAUAGCAACUAGCCACUACCAGUGUCUCAUCGCUGCUGCUGCCGCUUAUUCUGUGUCAUUCUUUUCCCCGCCUGCCCCUCCCACCUCGGCAAUGGCGGACAGCGCUAGUGAGAGCGAUACCGACGGGGCCGGCAGUAGCACGGCAGCCAUGCAGACCUCCUCUCCGGCUUCAUCGUCUUCGGGCAAGUCCGGCAUCGUCAUCUCGCCCUUCCGCCUGGAGGAGCUGACGAAUCGGCUGGCCUCGCUGCAGCAGGAGAACAAGGUGCUGAAGAUCGAGCUGGAGACGUACAAGCUGAAGUGCAAAGCCCUGAUGGAGGAGAACCGAGACCUGCGCAAGGCCAGCGUCACCAUUCAAGCCCGGGCAGAGCAAGAAGAGGAGUUCAUUAGCAACACGCUGUUUAAAAAGAUCCAGGCUUUGCAGAAAGAGAAGGAAACCCUCGCUGUGAACUAUGAGAAAGAAGAGGAGUUCCUCACUAACGAAUUGUCCCGGAAACUCAUGCAGUUGCAGCACGAAAAGGCUGAGCUGGAGCAGCACCUGGAGCAGGAACAGGAGUUCCAAGUGAACAAGCUGAUGAAGAAGAUUAAGAAGUUGGAAAAUGAUACCAUCUCCAAACAGCUCACCCUGGAGCAGCUAAGACGGGAGAAGAUCGAUCUGGAAAACACACUAGAACAGGAGCAAGAGGCCCUGGUAAACCGUUUGUGGAAGCGAAUGGACAAGCUGGAGACUGAGAAAAGAAUAUUGCAAGAGAAAUUAGACCAACCUGUUUCUGCUCCGCCGUCGCCACGAGACAUAUCCAUGGAAAUCGAAUCCCCGGAAAACAUGAUGAGACACAUUCGAUUUCUGAAGAAUGAAGUCGAGAGGCUAAAGAAUCAAUUAAGGGCCGCGCAAAUGCAGCACACUGAGAAGAUGGCUCAGUAUUUGGAAGAGGAGCGCCACAUGAGGGAAGAGAAUUUACGGCUUCAGCGGAAGUUACAGCGGGAGAUGGAGAGAAGGGAAGCGCUGUGCCGACAGUUAUCAGAAAGCGAGUCCAGCUUAGAAAUGGAUGAUGAGAGGUAUUUUAAUGAGAUGUCGGCACAAGGCCUGAGGCCUCGCACUGUGUCCAGCCCAAUACCGUAUACACCGUCACCAAGUUCCAGCAGGCCGAUUUCACCUGGUCUGUCAUAUGCGAGUCACACCGUCGGCUUCACACCUCCAACCUCUCUGACCAGAGCUGGAAUGUCGUACUUUAAUUCGCCAGGAUUACACGUGCAACAUAUGGGAUCAUCUCACGGUAUCGCGAGACCUUCUCCUCGAAGAAGCAACAGCCCAGACAAGUUCAAGCGUCCUACACCCCCUCCAUCUCCCAACACCCAGACUCCUGUUCCACCACCGCCUCCACCUCCAGCACAGCCUGCAGCCUCCCAGUCUUCAUCCUCCCACAAUUCAGUGCACCCCCCCUCUCAGCCCUAGAUGCAUGACCUCUGCAGUCUCUGCAUUUUGAGUUGGACUCAUAACAUGGGACAGUUUCCCGAAAGCCAAAGGCUUAGCCGUCCUAUUUGGAUUUUGACUAUUUGCACUGAGGUUACAUAGGCUUCACUGUCUAAUCGUGUUGUAAAUGUUCGUCUACGAAAUGCAGCCGGUGUUGUGGGUCCUACACAUAUCCCCGUAUACGGAAUACUACAUGUGCGUUGAUCCUCGGCUGAAACAUUAGGUAUUGAGUAGAACAAACCAUGUUAAGUCUCGCUGCUCCAAUGCUUUCCCUGGUAAGGCUUUUAGAUUUGCAUCAUUUUUUUUUUUUUUUUUUAAGUUCCCCUUUUGAGGGGCUGCGUACAAAUGAAAACGCAUGAUGGUCUGGACUUUCAGUUUUAUGGGGUAUCCCAGCUUACAGUAAUUAAUCACUACAUAUGAUUAAUCUUGAAUAAUGAACUUACAGGGGCAUGUGAAACCACUGCAGUUACUUGGCCCGUCUGCAUUGAGAACUAUAACGCGUCGUUAUCAACUGUCAAUAAAACCAGCAUUUCUGCUCAAAGGGGAACUAUCACGAAAAUGAAAAUUGAAUAUAAGUUUCGGCAUACUGAAAUAAGAGACUUUCUAAAUACAAUCAAUUAAAAAUUCUGUAGCGUUUCUGAAAUAAUCAAGUUUAUCUUCACUAUCCCUUUUCAUGCAGCAGUCGGGUGUCGGAUAAUCAUUGACAGUUAGAUCCAAUAUAUCUUAUAGGGGGCUCAUUUUCCUAGCAGAUGUAUUAGAGCUAGGGAUGCGCUGAAUCCACUAUUUUGGAUUCGGCGGAAUCCCCAAAUGCUUUGCAAAAGAUUUGGCCGAAUACCGAAUCCUAAUUUGCAUAUUCAAACGGAGUGGGAAGGGGAAAUCAUUUUUUACUUGUUUUGUGCCAAAAAGUCAUGCAAUUUCCCUCCCCACUCCGGUUCAGCCUGCCA